AUGUCCCCUUCCGUCAGAGACGCCCGCAACGACCUUGCCAGCCUGCAACAGCAGGCAGCCGCCGAAGCCGAGGAUAUUAGGAGAUGGUGGAGCCAGCCACGGUGGGCGGGCACCAAGCGCGUGUACACGGCCGAGGACAUCGUCAAGCGCCGCGGCACGUUCCCUGUCGUCGAAUACCCAUCUUCCGUAAUGGCGGACAAGCUCGUGGAGACAUUGGCGCGGCACUCGCGCAACGGCACGGUUUCACAGACGUUCGGAGUGCUCGACCCAGUGCAAAUGACGCAAAUGGUGAAGUAUCUGGACACGAUUUACGUGUCUGGCUGGCAAUGCAGCGCCACGGCUUCGACCUCGAACGAGCCUGGGCCCGAUCUCGCGGACUAUCCGAUGGACACCGUGCCAAACAAGGUCGAGCACCUGUUCAUGGCGCAGCUGUUCCACGACCGGAAACAGCGCGAGGCCCGCCUGUCGUGCACUACCCAGCGCGAGCUCGACCAAUUGGGGCCUGAGAUUGACUACUUGAGGCCGAUUGUCGCUGACGCAGACACCGGCCACGGCGGGCUAACAGCCGUCUUUAAACUCACGAAGAUGUUCAUCGAGCGCGGUGCAGCCGGUAUCCACAUGGAGGACCAGUCCUCCAGCAACAAAAAGUGCGGGCACAUGGCGGGCCGCUGCGUGAUCCCUGUUCAGGAGCACAUUAGUCGUUUAGUGACUGUGCGCAUGUGUGCGGACGUGAUGCACUCGAACCUGGUGCUUGUCGCGAGAACAGACUCGGAGGCCGCCACCUUACUUAGCUCGAACAUUGACGCGCGCGAUCAUUACUACAUUGUCGGGGCCUCGAACCCUGAGGUAACUGUACCGCUGAUCGAAGUUUUGGACGCCGCGCAGCAGGCCGGCGCCUCAGGUGACAGAUUGGCUCAGCUAGAGGAGGACUGGUGCAAGAAGGCCAAGUUGAGGCUCUUCCACGAGGCAUUUGCCGACCAGGUGAAUGCCAGCCCUUCGAUCAAAGACAAGGCGGGCGUUAUUGCCAAAUUUAACUCACAGAUCGGGCCACAGACAGGCGCGUCGAUCAGAGAGAUGCGCAAACUGGGCCGCGAGCUGCUCGGGCAGGACGUCUACUUCGACUGGGACCUGCCUCGCGCUAGAGAGGGCUUGUACCGCUACAAGGGCGGCACCCAGUGCGCGAUCAUGCGCGCACGCGCGUUCGCGCCGUACGCCGACCUGGUCUGGUUCGAAUCCAACUUCCCUGACUUCCAGCAGGCUAAGGAGUUUGCGCAGGGCGUGCGCGAGAAGUUCCCCAACAAGUGGAUGGCCUACAACUUGUCGCCCAGCUUCAACUGGCCGAAGGCCAUGCCUCCCAAGGAGCAGGAGAACUACAUCCAACGGCUGGGCGAGAUCGGAUAUGUGUGGCAGUUCAUCACGCUAGCCGGCCUGCAUACCAAUGCCUUGGCCAUCGACAACUUCUCGCGCGAAUUCAGCAGGUUCGGAAUGCGUGCGUAUGCACAAGGCAUCCAGCAGAGGGAGAUGGACGAGGGCGUCGAUGUCCUAAAACACCAGAAGUGGGCCGGCGCAGAGUAUGUUGACAGCAUUCUCAAGCUUGCCCAGGGCGGUGUGUCUUCGACAGCCUCGAUGGGUAAGGGUGUAACCGAAGAGCAGUUCGGCUCCUCAAACGGUGCCAAACUAUGA